UUUUUUUUUCCUGUAAAUAAAGAAAAUGAACGUCCUUCGUUCUCAUCGGUUUAUUAUAAAAAAUACUUAUUCUUUAUCUAACCAUUUUAAUAAGUUGAUUAAUUCUCACAAACCAUUAGUUUUUGGUUUUAGGAAAGCGAUGUCUUCUUUUUCUACUGUUCCGAAUAUCGUUUCAACCGAAUGGGUUGCACAAAAUCAUGAAUCAAUCAUACCUCUUGAUGGUUCUUGGCAUAUGCCAAAUGCUAAUAGAGAUCCUUACAAAGAAUAUUUGGAAAAAAGAAUAAAGAAUGCAAGAUUUUUUGGAAUCGAUGAAAUUAAGGAUAAAAAUACAGAUUUACCUCAUAUGUUACCAAGUUCUGAAAAUUUCGCCAAGGCAAUAGGUGAGUUGGGAAUUUCUGAAAAAGAUCAUAUUGUUGUCUAUGAUUCUAUCGGAUUAUUUUCUUCUACAAGGGUAUAUUGGACUUUCAGGGUCUUUGGCCACGAAAAAAUAUCCGUUAUUGACGGGGGAUUACCUAAAUGGAUAGCUGAAAAAAGGGAAAUAGAAAGUGGUCCAGUUUCAUUUACGCCAAAAGUAUAUAAAACUCCAACAUUAAAUGAAGAACUUGUUAGAAAUUAUGAAGAUAUUAGGAACAAUAUAAAUAAAGGACCUGAUUCACCAGAUUUUGAACAAGUUCUCGAUGCAAGGCCUGAAGCAAGAUUUGAAGGAACAGCUCCGGAACCAAGAGCAGGAUUAUCAAGUGGUCACAUGCCACAUUCAUUUUCAGUACCAUUUAAUUCAAUAAUUGAUCCAAAUACAAAAACAACAUUAUUAAAAGAUGAUGAAUUAAAAAAAUUAUUUGAAUCAAAACAUAUUGAUUUAAAUAAACCUAUUGUAUUAAGUUGUGGUAGUGGUGUUACAGCUACGAUGUUAUAUUUAGCCUUAGAAAAAAUUGGAGCAGAAAAAUUGGCAGUUUAUGAUGGUAGUUGGACUGAAUAUGCUAGUAAAGAAGAUUCUCCUAUUGUUGGGAAAAAGUAAUUAUACAUGCAGUAUAAUAAAUUUGGAAAGGAUUUGAAUAUGUAUAUAUUUUUCAAUAAAAUUACGGUAUUCUUUAAAUCAACGUUAGCAUCAGUAAUUAUAAUAACGGCAAUUGUGAUUGUAAAGUAAG